GUGUGUGUUUGAGUGUGUGUCUGUGUGUACACAGACGUCCGCACACUCGCGGCCCCAGGAUCAGCGCCUGGAAGCAGACUUUUCGGCCACAGACUUGGAGAGGAGGAGCUGGAGAUCAGGAGGGCGUGAGCCGCCAGGAGUUUGCAGAAUCCGUGGUGUGAAUGAACUGGGGGCACCUGGGCGCGCACGGAUCACCCCCCCCUUUCGCCUCAGGCCAUAGUUGAGUAGUGGGGCAUUUUUUUUCACCCUCUUGUGAAGAAUUUUUUUUAUUAUUUGUUGUAAAGUCUUUUGCACAAUCACGCCCACAUUUGGGGUUGGAAAGCCCUAAUUACCGCCGUCGCUGAUGGACGUUGGAGAGGGAGCGCCUCGCCGCGGAACAGUCGCCUGCGCGCCCUCGCCGGACCCGCGGCUCCCUUGUUGCGCCCCGGCCCGGCUCAGUCUCUGCUGCGGGUCGCGGGGCUUCCGCGCCCCCUCGGAUCCCGGGCACAUCCCAGCGCCGCUCAGACUCGGGCCCCCAGACCCGGGCUCCAGGAACCGCUUCGGCUCCGAUUCCCUGCGCCUGCGGGACGCGCCCAGUGGGAGCCCGCAGCUCUGCGUCGGAUCGUCCCCCCAGGCUUAACCGGCCGCUCCGCUUGGAUUCCUCUGCUGCCCUUGCUCUGGUGGCGACUUCCUCUUCGGGCCCCCUCCCCCUCACCAUGAAGAAGUCCACUGGAAUAUUAAGCCCAGGAGUUGCUUUGGGGACGGCUGGGAGUGCCAUGUCUUCCAAGUUCUUCCUAAUGGCUUUGGCCAUAUUUUUCUCCUUCGCCCAGGUUGUAAUAGAAGCCAAUUCUUGGUGGUCGCUAGGUAUGAAUAACCCUGUUCAGAUGUCAGAAGUAUAUAUCAUAGGAGCACAGCCUCUCUGCAGCCAGCUGGCAGGACUCUCUCAAGGACAGAAGAAACUCUGCCACUUGUACCAGGACCACAUGCAGUACAUUGGUGAAGGCGCGAAGACGGGCAUCAAAGAAUGCCAGUAUCAGUUCCGGCAUCGGCGAUGGAACUGCAGCACUGUGGAUAACACCUCCGUGUUUGGCAGGGUUAUGCAGAUAGGUAGGAGACCACUUAACAUAUUUUAUAUAUAUAUAAACUUUUCUCCUAGAAAAAGUCCUUACGACAACAUUGACUACGGCUACCGCUUCGCCAAGGAGUUCGUGGACGCGCGCGAGCGGGAGCGCAUCCACGCCAAAGGCUCCUACGAGAGCGCGCGCAUCCUCAUGAACCUGCACAACAACGAGGCCGGCCGCAGGACAGUGUACAACCUGGCCGAUGUGGCCUGCAAGUGCCACGGGGUGUCCGGCUCCUGUAGCCUCAAGACGUGCUGGCUGCAGCUGGCCGACUUCCGCAAGGUGGGCGACGCCCUGAAGGAGAAGUAUGACAGCGCGGCGGCCAUGCGGCUCAACGGCCGGGGCAAGCUGGUGCAGGUGAACAGCCGCUUCAACUCGCCCACCACGCAGGACCUGGUCUACAUCGACCCCAGCCCCGAUUACUGCGUGCGCAACGAGAGCACGGGCUCGCUGGGCACGCAGGGCCGCCUGUGCAACAAGACGUCCGAGGGCAUGGACGGCUGCGAGCUCAUGUGCUGCGGCCGCGGCUACGACCAGUUCAAGACCGUGCAGACCGAGCGCUGCCACUGCAAGUUCCACUGGUGCUGCUACGUCAAGUGCAAGAAGUGCACGGAGAUCGUGGACCAGUUCGUGUGCAAAUAGUGGGCGCCCGCCGCUCGCCUGUCACCCAGCCCCGUUCCCAGGACCCACUUAUUUAUAGAAAGUACAGUGAUUCUUGUUUUUGUUUUUUUAAAAUAUUGUUUUAUUUUCCCCCGAGAAUUGCAACCGGAACCAUUUUUUUUUCUGUUCCCAUCUAAGAACUCUGUGGUUUAUUAUUAAUAUUAUAAUUAUUAUUUGGCAAUAAUGGAGGGUGGGAACCAAGAAAAUAUUUAUUUUGUGGAUCUUUGAAAAGGUAAGACUUCUUUUGACGGUGGAGGAUGAGGGGGGAAAUAACACAUACCCUGACUGAGUUGUGUGCACAUCUAGAGGGUAAAGGAAAUACGUUUUCUUUUUGUCAGCUGUGGGGUUGUAUAGGACAGGUAGCAUCCAGCUGGAAUGGGUUGGUCCAAGUCUACACUCCAUUUAGCCUCGAUGACCAAAAUGAAUUGUAAAUGCUCUGGUGAAAGGUCUUAUGAAACAAAAAAAAAAUGAGGCCCCCCACCCUUUCUCCAGGGGCUACCAGCCUGAAACAUUUUCGAAAUGGUAAUUUAAAAUAUAAGAGCGAGAAUCUCAUUUCCCGCAAAGGAAAAAAAAGUAUAUCGUGUAUCUCAUGCUUCUCAAACAUUCCAUGUGCACAUGGUCCCAUUCUAACAGCAACUGAAACUUGGGGAGCAGGGAGGAAAGCCUCAGAAAGGAAAAAAAAAAAACUUAAAAACUCCUAUAUUAAGACUGAUUUGAAGCUGUUACAGGAAUUAGGUUAUCAGAUUGGGAAAGCAUCCCCGAAUGACUCUGGGUUGUAGACUUUUUGUUUGGAGAGGGGUGGGGGCGGUUGGCUUGAAUCUAAAGGAAAAUAUACUGUAAUUUUCUUAGGGAUACUUGGUUAAUAAAUGAUAAUAAUCAAAAUAAUAAAUGGAUUCCAUUCACAGACCUUCCGCCCAAACACCAAGGUAAUUGAAUGCAGUUCAGCGCUGCACCAGAGCAGAACACCUGAUGGCAGGGAAGGAGUGAAACCCGCCCUCCUCCUUGACCCCAGCCCUGGCUGAGCCCUCCUUGCCCCGCUGCUGAGGUGAGGCCAGCCACGUUUCCCAAGGCAGCUCCACCGGGUCCCCUUGGAUUGCAGGACAGGAAAUGAACCAUUAGGAGCUCCACUUGGAAAACAGUUGCUACUUAGGGAUUUUUUUCCCCCUAAAACUUGGAUUCUGAGGAGCCGUAGUUUAUGUUUUAAUGACAUUACUUGGCUGAUGGAGUCCACAGAGAGGUGUUGCAGCGUGUCACUGUUACGAUCCUGUGUUUAGACGCUGCACUUGAACUUUUCCUAUGACACUGCAGGUGAACCCUACAACUGUUCCUACUGGACCGGAGCAGAUGCAUGUAUGGGGGGAGGGGGGGGCGUGGAUGUGCUUUAAUGGUGCCUGAUAUCUCAAAGUCUUUUGUACAUAACACACACACACACACACACACACACACACAUAUAUAUAUACAUAUAUAUGUAUAUAUAAAAAUAUAAAUAUUAUUAUAUCUCAGUGCAGCCAGUGAUUUAGAAUUACACUUUCCUCUGGGGUUAUUUCUUGGACUAGAACAUUGUUGUCCUUCAUUGUGAUUCAUUGGGAUUUUAAGAAGGGGUUUUCGAGUUGAGCAUGGGCUGUGGGCCUGAUGCGAUGCUACCUUGAGCAUCAAGAAACAGCCUGGUGUCUGAGGAAUCUGGAAGGCCUUCCUCCCUGAUAUGCAUGUUGGUUUGAAGAUUUCUUUUUUCUCCUCCCCACCUUUUCUCCAACCUCCAUUUCUGUACACUUUCCUAAGAGGGCAUUACUAGUUCAUCAUAGUCUUGGAAAUGAAGAGAGAUUUAAAGCUAGGAAGUAUAGUCAUCAUUUCUCUCUCCUUAGUUCAUUAUGCAGAGUGGAAACCGGUGCCUGGUAGAUUUAGUAGUCCCUGUUUGAGUCCCUGAGGAAAAUCCAGCUCAUGACAUAUAUAACUAAUUUUUAAAACAGGAAACCUCUUUCCACAAAGUGCCAUCCAACGUGUCCUUAUCUCAGACUUGCAUGUUUGAGAAGUUUGGAAAGAUACACAUCCCCUACAGCCGUCAUGGGCUUGGUGGCCUUCGUAUCACCUCAGCCACGCGUGGCUCUUAAUUUAUUGCACAAGGAUAUUCACUUCCCCCUCAGUUGCAGUGAAUUGCAAGCAAAAGACCUUGAAAUUAAAAAGCACUAAUUAGUUUAAAAUGUCACUUUUUUGGUUUUUAUUAUACAAAAACCAUGAAGUUUUUAUUUGCUAAACCAGAUUUUGUUCCUUCUUAGUGAUUCAUGUUUAUGAAGAGAGUUGAGUUUAACAAUCCUAGUUUUUAAAAGAAACUAUUUAAUGUAAAAUAUUCUACUUGUCAUUCAGAUAUUAUGUAUAUCUUCUAUGGCCUUUAUUCUGUACUUUUAAUGUACAUAUUUCUGUCUCGCGUGAUUUGUAUAUUUCACUGGUUUAAAAAACAAACAUCAAAAGGCUUAUGCCAAAUGGAAGAUAGAAUAUAAAAUAAAACGUUACUUGUA